CGUCAUCACGUCAUCAAACUGAAAAACUGCUUAAGUAAAGUUAAAUCAAAGGAUUUCACCGCCGAGACUUUGAUCUGUACGGAAACCGACAUGUCGGUGACGGUGUGGUGUCUGUCGUUCCGCCAGCCGUACGCCGGUCUGGUUCUGGACGGGCUGAAGACGCUGGAGAGCCGCUGGAGGCCCCUGCUGGCCCCGCUGGAGAACCACACCCUGGUGGUCCACAUCGCCCGGCGGGACUGGGAGGGCGACGAGUGGCGGGCGGUGCUUCGCGGCCCACUGGGGAUGAACGAGGCUCAGAUCCAAGCGCUCCUGGAGUCCGGGGAGCGGUUCGGCCGCGGCGUGGUGGCAGGUGGGGACUGA